GUUUACUGUUGCUUUGGAUUAACCUUUCAACUCUCACGAUUAUCAGUUAAUUCAGUUAAUUGUUUAUUUGGCCUUUACAAAUCACUCGAAUUUAAAAAUUAACCUUUUUAAUUUGUCACACAAUCAACAACACCCAACGAUGAAUCCACAAUCAAAAAACAUUGUGACUGUUGAUUUUACAAUUGUUUAUGGUAAUUAAGGGUAAUCAUAAAGAUGGAUUAUUGUUAAUAAUGUCUGUUGUUAAUCAAUCGUUGGUGAGAUUGCAAAAAUGGAUUUUGCUGAUGAACCAAAUAUCCUUUUUAAUAAUCAUUUCGAUGUGAUUUUUGGGUUAUUUCAAUGUUAAUCCAAAAGUUAAUUUUUUCUAUUCGAUUGUUUAAUCAUAAUCAAUGUAAUCAAUUUAACUGUUUGUCAUGAGUUUCCAUACUUGUGGUCCAAAUGAAGCUUUAAUUGUCUCAGGUUGUUGCCAUUCGAGGCCUCAUAUGGUUGCGGGUGGUUGGGUAUUUGCUUGGCCUUUAAUUCACAAAGUACAAAGAAUAUCUCUUAAUUCAAUGACAUUGAUGAUUGAAAGUCCUCAAGUUUAUACUCAACAAGGUGUUCUCAUAUCAGUUACUGGUGUUGCUUUGGUAAAGAUACAAGGUCAAAAUGCCGAUAUGUUGAGAGCGGCAUGUGAACAGUUUCUUGGUAAAACUGAGGAGCAAAUAAUGACCAUAGCCCGAGAAACCUUGGAGGGACAUCAGCGAGCAAUAAUUUCCUCUAUGACGGUGGAAGAUAUUUACAAGAAUCGUAAGAGAUUUUCACGAAAAAUGUUCGAAAUGGCCUCAUCGGAUCUCGCUGAUAUGGGUCUUACUGUCAUCUCUUAUAAGAUUAAAGAUAUAACCGAUGAGCAAGGUUACCUUAAAGCAUUAGGAGUCGCCCGUAUAGCUGAGGUAAAAAGAGACGCUCGAAUCGGUGAAGCUGAGGCUCAACGAGAUUCGCUGAUCAAAGAAGCGUUAGCGGAACAGGAAAAGAUGAUCGUAAAAUACACAAUGGACGCUGAAAUAGCCAAGGCCGAAUGCGAGUUUUCUCUAAAAAAGGCCAUCUUUGAUAUCGAAAUUCAAGCUAAAAAAGCUGAAGCUGAUUCUUCAUUCCAUAUACAAACAGCCAAGAUGAAACGACUAAUUAAAGACGAACAGAUGACCAUUGAAUUAAUUGACCGAAGUCAACAAAUCGAACUACAAGAUCAAGAAACGAAGCGACGGGAAAAGGAACUCGAAUCAUCCGUUAAAAAAAUCGCCGAAGCCGAAAAAUACAAGAUUGAAAAACUUGCCGAAGCUCAUAGGAAGAAAAUGAUCGCCGAGGCAUCAGCUCAAUCUCAGUCGAUUAAAUUACUUGGAGCCGCUGAAUCAUAUUCGAUUGAGGUCAAAGCUAAGGCGGACACUGAACAAUUAGCUCGAAAGGCCAACGCUUACAAGGAAUACAACGACGCUGCCAAAAUCGAUAUGAUUCUGGAAACACUUCCGAAGUUAACUGCUGAAGUAGCUGCUCCAUUGGCUAAUUGUAAAAAGAUAACUAUGAUUUCAUCUGGAGAUGGAUCAGUUGGUGUAACUAAAUUAACUGAUGAAGUUUUUGGUAUUGUUAACAAUGUAAAUUCAAUGGUCACAGGAUUCAGCGUUCCCGUUAAUCUGAGACAAAAUUGAUCAUAAAAUUCAUAUCAUCUAAUAGUAAUCGUAACAAUUUAUUGAUUGUUAUUUUUUAAAUCGCAAUUGUAGAUAAUGUUUUAAAAUUUUAUCGAUGUUUUUGUACUUUUCAAGUUUAAUAAUCGUCUAAAUUGUAUAAUUAGAAUGAUUAAAUCAUUAAUCAACAACAA